CACAGGAGUCUAUGAUGGGUUGGGGAUGGGAGGGCCAUCACGCCCGCACACCACCCACUCUAUAUAUACAUGUCCUCCACCGCCUACCAUCUCUCAGUACACUAUGCACUCACCAAAUAGCAUCAUGGCCUCUUGCACCAGAACCACACACCCUGUGCCUCGGCACUACUCUUUCGGGCUUUGGAUUACGAGCAUUCUUUUGUUCACGGCGGCAACAACGCCGACGACGAAGGGGUGCGUAGAGGGCGAGAGGGACGCCCUCCUCGACUUCAAAACCGGCAUCGUCAAGGAUCCUUCCAGCCGUUUGUCAUCAUGGCGAGGCCGAGUAGACUGCUGCAGAUGGAGCGGGGUGGUCUGUGACGACACAACCGGCCAUGUCGUGGAGCUUAACCUCAAUCCAGACUAUCUAAACAAUGAGACGUCUAUCGGAGGUGAGAUCAGACCAUCCUUGCUCCUGCUAACUCAUUUGGAGCGUCUCAACCUCAGCCACAAUGACUUGUCGACCGAUGGCCUGCACUGGCUCUCGCGUCUCACUUCCUUGAGAUACCUCGACAUGAGCUUUGUGAACCUUUCCAUGGCCUCCCACGAUUGGCUUCAAGCAGUGAACAUGUUGUCCUCACUAGAGGAGCUACAUUUACAUGACUGUGGCCUCACCGACAUCCCCUCUUCUCUUUCCCAUGUCAACCUCACAGCACUGGCCACUCUGGACAUCAGUGACAACCUCUUCAACUCCACCAUCCCCAAAUGGCUAUGGAAACUCCACAGACUCUCUUAUCUUGAUCUCAGUUUUUCUAUGUUUCAUGGUGCCAUACCCGCUGGGAUUGGAAAUUUGGCCGAUCUAAGAGAACUUCAUCUUAGUGAUAAUUCACUUUCAGGUCCCGUACCCACUGAGAUUGGAAAUUUGAAUAGUCUAGAACUUAUCAAUCUCACGAAUAAUUUACUCUCUGGAUCGUUACCUACUGAGAUCGGCAAGCUUUCCAACCUCAAUAUUCUUUCUCUCUCUAGUAAUUCCCUAGAGGGCACCGUGUCUGAACUCCAUUUCGCUCGCUUAACCAAACUAAGUGAGCUCGAUCUAUCUGAAAACUCCCUAGUCAUCUCAGUAGACUAUAAUUGGGUUCCUCCUUUUCAACUCCGAUCCAUUCAACUGAAGUCUUGUAAGUUGGGGCCUGCAUUUCCAAGAUGGCUCCGUUCACAAAACUCCAUUGAGGAUUUGGGUAUGUCGAACACAAGCAUCGAGGACGUCUUGCCUGAUUGGUUUUGGAAUAAUUCUGCUUCAUCUAUAAAUCUCUCCCAAAAUCAGAUUAAUGGUACUUUGCCAACUUCCUUGGAGGAUAUGACAAACCUGGCCAUUCUGAAACUAAGUAUGAAUUUGCUUGAAGGCCCUAUUCCUCGUUUGCCACCUUACUUGCGUUAUUUGUAUAUGUAUAAUAAUUGCUUUUCGGGAUCGUUGUCAUCAAUCUCUCUCCCACUAGAAUUGGAACUGUUGGAUCUCUCACAUAACCAUAUCAGUGGGAACAUACCAUCAUUUAUCUGCAACUUGACACAACUUCGUAUCCUCGAUCUAUCGAGCAACCAAAUAUCAGGUGAAAUCCCUUGGUGUUGGCAAGAGACAAACUUCCUUUUCUACAUUAAUCUAGCAGAUAAUAAGCUCUCGGGAGAAAUUCCUAGCUCUAUUGAAAAGUUGACUCAGCUUCGGUCUUUGCACUUAAACAAUAAUAGUCUACAUGGGCAUCUUCCGUUGUCAUUGAAACAUUGCAGUGGACUAGUUUUUCUUGAUCUUGGCGAUAAUAAAUUCUCAGGUAGCAUACCUACGUGGAUUGCACAAAACUUUCAAAAACUAGAGGUACUCCGGCUAUGCUCAAAUAUGUUUUUUGGUAAUAUUCCUAUAGAGCUUGGACAACUUCAUCAUCUACAUAUUAUCGACCUUGCUAAUAAUAAUUUAUCAGGUCCAAUUCCACGCUCCUUUGGUAAUUUAAAUGCAACAAAAACUUAUAGGCAACGAAAAUUGACUAGUCUAGACCAACAUAUAGUUUAUAGACCAUUGGCAGCCGAUCGCCCUGCUUUGUCGCGUUAUUCUUUGUCGCGUUAUGCUUUGUCGUAUUUUGAUGGCACUUAUGAUGAUAGCAUCACUUUAACUAUAAAGGGAAAAAGUAUCAUCUUUUCGAUCAUUGUUUACCUUGUCAAUAUUAUAGACUUUUCAAAUAAUAAUUUGACCGGAGAAAUCCCAUUAGAAAUUGGGUCUCUUUCGGCACUCCAAACUUUAAAUCUAUCAAGAAAUAAUCUUAUCGGUCAAAUACCAGCGACAAUUGGUGGCAUGAAAUUAUUGGAAACUCUGGACCUGUCAUUUAAUAAGUUAUCCGGAGGUAUUCCUCAAAGCUUGUCAGACCUGUAUUCUCUGAAUCACUUGAAUUUGUCUUACAACAAUCUAUCAGGAGUUAUUCCUUCGGGAAAUCAACUACAAACACUCAAUGACUCAUCCAUUUAUAUUGGCAAUGUAUAUCUAUGUGGAGCUCCCCUCAACAAGAGUUGCUACGAUCUUAAAAGUACCAAUGUGAUAAAAGAAGACAACAAAGACGGAUCCUUUAUGCCAUCAUAUUAUCUGAGUAUCAUACUCGGAUAUUUGGUUGGAUUAUGGAGCGUGUUUAUCAUCAUGUUGUUCAAGAAAAAUUGGAGGGUUUUCUAUUUUCAGAUGUUUGAUAAAAUGUAUGAUAAAGCUUAUGUUGUCAUCAAAAUAAGAAUUAAUAGAUUAACAAGUGAUUGAGAGUGAGGACGCCAUAAAAAGUCAAUGUAAUAGGAGUAUCUUGUGUGUUGUAUCCAUAAUAAGUUUGAAUCUUGCAAGAUGACAUCGUGUUAGAGAUCA